AUCCUAUCGGGUAGUUUCUGCUCGGCGGAGUGAUUCAAUUAACACCGUGUCUGAUAAUCAGCGGAGGGAUAUGUUUUUUAACAUUUGAGGUAUUUUCGGUACCCGGCGUAGGAAUGGAGAGGAAGCGGUGGGAAUGCUCGGCUUUGCCGCAGGGCUGGAAGAAAGAGGAGGUGACCCGAAGAUCCGGGUUGUCCGCUGGCAAGAGCGAUGUCUAUUAUUAUAGUCCCAGUGGAAAGAAGUUUCGCAGCAAGCCACAGUUGGCCCGCUAUUUGGGGAACUCGAUGGAUCUCAGCACUUUUGACUUCCGCACUGGGAAAAUGCUAAUGAGUAAAAUCAACAAGAAUCGGCAACGUAUGCGAUAUGAUGGAUUGAAUCAGGCCAAGGGUAAGCCUGACCUGAACACAGCUCUUCCUGUCAGACAGACAGCUUCCAUCUUUAAGCAGCCUGUCACUAAAGUGACAAACCACCCCACCAACAAGGUGAAAAGUGAUCCACAGAAGGCAGUGGACCAGCCACGGCAGCUUUUUUGGGAGAAGAAGCUUAGUGGGUUAAAUGCUUUUGACAUAGCAGAAGAGUUGGUGAAAACAAUGGAACUGCCAAAAGGACUGCAAGGAGUGGGUCCUGGCUGCACAGAUGAGACUCUCCUCUCUGCCAUAGCAAGUGCAUUGCACACCAGUACAAUGCCGAUCACUGGCCAGCUGUCUGCAGCAGUGGAAAAGAAUCCAGGAGUGUGGCUCAACACUUCUCAGCCCCUAUGCAAGGCCUUUAUGGUGACUGAUGAGGAUAUUAGGAAGCAAGAAGAGUUGGUACAACAAGUCAGGAAGAAACUGGAAGAGGCUCUCAUGGCUGACAUGCUCGCCCAUGUAGAUGAGAUUUCCAAGGAUGGGGGAGCCCCGGUUGAUAAAGAUAUUGAAGAUGAGGAGGAAGAUGAUGAUCCAAGAGAGCAAGAGGCAGAAGAUGUAUAAGGUAUCAAACUACAGAAGACAUUUGAUGCAGGAUAUAUGCUGAAGACAUAAUGCAGCAGGACUCUAUCUUUUUGAAACAGAGACCACCCAAAUGUUAUAAGCAGCAUAACAAGUUCUGCAUACAGGUCAUUGAUUUGUAGAGACUUUGGGACUUUGGAAAGGAGGAUGGGGAGAUGCAUGACUAAUGAACUUAUCCCACUUUGUCCUGGACAAAGCAUGCUUGGACAUUAUCCAUAAGUCAAAGUAUUAAAUCAAUUUUGGGUGCACGAGUAGCAAAUUCUGAUCAUCUAUAAAUUGAGAUAUUCAACUUACCCUUCCCCAGAUAUUAUUAAAUGUACAGUACAUAGAAAUUCUGCAUAGAGGGCUGCUGCAGAAUUUAGAGGUAAACUCAAAAUUAGUAUUUUUGUUAAGCUCUCAAGAUACAAGACUAAAAAGUUGACACUCAUGUUAUAUAAUUUAUUGCUGUUAACUGUACUUCAGGUUUUGGCAGACAAAUGAUACCCUUAAUAGUUAAGGAACCUGAAAUUUGCAAGUAAAGAUUUAGUUUAAGUAAAAAAACCAAACAAAUACAAAACAACUUUGACUUGAUCCUUGGCGUUACUUGCUCCAAAGACAGAAUUAGGACUGUGCCCUAAAUUAUUUUUUACUUUUGUACAAAACCAAACAUUUCCUUUGGGGUCAUAAGGCCAUUUUUCUAAAACACCCCAAAAAAUAUAUAAAAUAAAUGCCCUGGUUAAUCAUUUUCAGUUAAUAGUGUGAGGCAGUAUAAGAGUAGAUAGAAUUUUUAGAAUCUUUUUUUAAUCUGACUUUUUUUUUUUUUUUUGUAAAGUCUUGGACAUCUGUAUGACACUAUUGUAUCUUACAGCUGUUAUUUAACACCUAAAUGCAGAAAUGAUUUACUGCAUAACAAGCAGGUUAACAACAUUGCUACACUAUAUUAAGACCCCAUAGAAUAACUUUUUCUCUAACUCUAUGUAUACGUGCUUUUGUAAACAAGUUUAGAGAAACUGGCUAUCCACUCUGUGUCCUUUGUCUGCAGAUACCAGCAAUGUGCAAGGCUGUGCUGAUCCUAUAUUAAACUCUGCUCCAUUUAUUUAGUAAUUUACUGUUCCUGGUCUGAUGCUUUAUGUACUGCUUAUUUAAUUUAUUUUAAUAGGCCUUAUCUAGAGUGAUGUUUCUUAGUUCCAGUAUAAAUACACCUUACUGGUUAAAUUUUAAAGGAACAGUAUACUGGUAAAAAAAUAUUUUCACUUAUGUGUUUUAGUGGUUUGUUAUACCAGCUGCAGAGUUUAAAAUGUUGUUGAAAUGAUGCAUUUCGGUUUCUUUUGUAUAUGAAAUAACAUUUCUGCUAACUGAAUCAACAACCAAUUAAAGCGACCUAAAACCCAAUUUUUUUUUCUUUCAUGAUUUAUAUAGAACAUAACAUUUUAAACAACUUUCUAAUUUUACUUCUAUUAGCAAAUAUUCUUAGUUUUCUUGUUAUCCUUUGUGGAAAAGCAAAAAUGUAAGCUCAAGAGUGUGCACGUGUCUGCAGCAGUUUUGCAACAAUGUUUUACAUUAGCAGGGGCACUAGAUGGCAGCACUAUUUCCUGUUGUGUAGUGCUUCAGGCAUGUUCACGCUACCUAGGUAUCUUCAACAAAGAAUAACAUGAGAAUGAAAAUAAAUUGAUAAUAGCAGUAAAUUGGAAACUUUUUAACAUAUCCGCUAUCUGAAUCAUGAAAGAAAAGUUUGGGGUUUAAUGACCCUUUUAAAUGGGCUGAGCUUGCAGGUAGUGCAGCCAUCUUAUCUAUAUAUACACAGUCCUCUUUAUCUUCUCACUGUAUACUCAAACCAAUACUUACUGAAAGACCAAUGCUUACAACAGUGGAAAAUUAACAUUUUAGUACCUCACCACCCCCUUCUCCAAUGGGAGCAUGUUCAUGUUUACAUUGCUUUAAUUUAAACCAUACUUAAAGGGAUGCUAAAGUCAAAUUUUUCAUGAUGCAUAUAGAACAUGCAAUUAAAAAAAAAAAAUCUAACUUCCAUUAUCAAUUGUACAUAUUCUUUUUAUAUGCAUACUUUCUAAGGCACCUAUUUAUACUGAGCAUGUGCAAAAGUUCAGUGAAUGAGCCUGAUUUGCUGAUGGCUGUUGCAUGAUAGUUUAUGGGGAAAUAGAAGUAACCCUAGAGGCAGAACAUUAUUUCACUUUCUGCAAAUAUUUGUUUUAAUUUUAUUUCAAAAUGACCUACAGAAACAGUUUCACAAAUCCAGUUUUAAAUUAGGCAAUUACACUAAAGCACAGUUGCAAUGUGUUUGACUGGAGGAUAAAGCAUUGUUUAACAUUUUAUAAUAUAUUGCAGCAGUUGAACAUUGCAUUGCACUUUUUUUUUUGUUUAUCUUGAAUAAAUUUUGUUUCCUUUGC